UCCACUUCCAAGUCCCAAAUAAGAGCAACUUAUGGAGUUGGGCAACACUUCCAUUCUCGUCAUCUUCCUCACUGUGCUCAGUUUACUCCAACCUUUGAAUUCCAAAACUAUAGAUGUGGAUGAAGCUGCAGUAUGGACAAACCCAAGUGUUCAUAUAGGCGACUCUCUGUCUUUCAAAUACGAAAAUGGCUACAACCUCUAUAUUUUUCACGACAGAAAAGCUUUCAGUCUCUGCAAUUUCACUCAAGCCACGCUUCUCCGCAAACCCAACUCCACCUCUUUCAUGUGGAGCCCAAAUCGGUCUGGUUUUUUCUACUUCUCUUACAACUUCAACAAUGGCUCUCUCAAGGCCUGUAACGAAGGAAAGAAACUAGCCAUCAAGGUUAUUCCACCACCGGCAACGGACAAAUGGGCUUUAUCGCCGGAACUUUCACCAGAAGCUGCACCAUCUCCGAUCUCCGGUGGAAUUGUCCCUUCCACUCCGGCUUUCCGGUGGCCGUUUCAUCGUCAUCAACAUCAAGGAAGUUCACCUAGUCCGGCACCAAGCGUAAUCCCUCCGCCCAAGAUUCCGUCCAUAGUGCCGGACACGGGUGGCGGCAUUCCCUUCAUUAACAGUAAUCCGGCGAUGCCUCUCCCUACUGGUAAACCGGACUCUACAACAGAUCACCCGCUGGCCAUGUCUGGUCAUGGAGGAGGAAAGGUGCAUGUGGUGUGGUUGCUUGCAGUUCAAAUUACUCUCUGGUGCUUGAUUUGGGUUACUCUGUAAAAAGAGUGAUGGGGGGUCAUGGGUAGGGUUUGGUUAAUUCAAAGAAAGGCAGGAAAGAGAUUAGACAGAGGUGGGGCUCUGUUUAAAACUGCUUUAGUCCCCCCCCUUCCCCCACUGUAAUCAAUUAUGUGAUAGUUUAGGAGAGCUUAUGAUGUAUUGUACUCCAUUAAUGAGAAAUUAAGUAGAACUUAUAGUCUCUGUGCUUGAUUAGCUUUGAUGGGGGGACGGGGAUUUGGGAAAGAAAAGCUAAAGUUGUGUGCCCCAGUCUCCCUAUCUUGUAAUCAUUGCAAGCAUUUUUUCAUCUUUCUUC